AAAAUAGGGCCAACGAGGGAGGGAAUAUCGUGAGCUCUUCAAUUUUGGAAGCCCGAGCAUCUUUAGCCAAGAAUGGUUGAGCUCCCUCAUAACUCGUGCUGAAAAUGCCCUGAACCUCCUCAAUCACGUCCAGCCAUACACGUCCUUGUCAUUCUCCUCAGAUUCUCCACAUCAACAUAAAGAUCACUCAAUGACUUUGUCUCUCGCCCUUUCCUCUCUAGCUCACAAAAAGGGUCAUUCCACUCCACUUAUCGUCUCUAUCCCAACCCUGCUCAUUUCCCAUCAGAUGUCUGAUGAUGUUUCCCAGGCACCACGUUCGCUGCCUCCGCCACCACCAGCCCCCGAGAGCUCGCAGUCGCCCUUGCGAGUCCAGAUGGUGCCGAAGUCAGUCUCCGACCGGCUCCUCCAGAAGUUCUUCGACGCAUCCGAGUUCGACUUCGAUUACGAGCAGAGCGGGUUGUGGUCUCCCCCAGUGAGGAGGAACGUGUUCUUGAGCUCCCCUGGGAACAUAUUCACGGAGCGCCAGAUCGGCGAGAUGAGCACCAAGCUCAAGAGCUUAAUGGACGUCAAGCGCCGCCGGCGACGGCACAAACUUUGGUUUAAGGCAUUAUGGUGUUUAAGAGGAUAAUGUCAAAUUCUCCUCCUCUCCUUCUUUGAUGUUUAGGGGAUAGACUAUUUGGAAAGUAGUAAAACCUCUUCUUUCUAUCUUCCAUGUACUGAUGUAAUUUCAAGAGAACAUUGACAUUAGUUGAGUGAUUAAGUGAAUAGGUACUAAUUAUAUACAAAACGUAUUUAGCUUCACCAAAUAUUACCCAUUAUAGUUGUCGAUGAACUGGCUCAACCGAUUCCCGAGGGACGCUCCGAGAAACAAAAAAUCGAGGGCAAAAUCGAUGAAUUGUUGCGAGCGAUUUGCUUAAUGUGAUAUUUUCUUUGCCACUGAA